AUGAACCUCUUGCUGUUAUUUGACUCGAUUUGCAUUUUUCUGAUUUCCCAAGCAUUUGUGUCAUGGAGCAUACAAGAACUACACAUCAGUCAGGAAAGGGUGGAGAAAAUUUCAGCUGCUGGCCAGUUAAUGAAUUGCUCCGCCCCAGUGGACAUCUUGUUUCUGUUAGAUGGUACCUAUAGUAUUGGCAAAGGAAGCUUUGAAAGGUCAAAGUACUUAGCCAUGAAGCUUUGUGAUGCCUUGGACAUCAGUCCAGAGAAGGUCAGAGUGGGAGCCAUACAGUUCAGCAAUACUCCUCACUUAGAAUUUCCCCUGGAUGUGUACUUCACCAAGCAGGAGAUAAAAGACAGACUCAAGAAGAUUAUGUUCAAAGGUGGGAGAACAGAAACAAGUCGUGCUCUGAAGUUUAUUCUUCACAAAGGAUUCUGUGGGGGCAGAAACUUGUCAGUACCGCAAAUCCUCAUUAUCCUGACUGAUGGGAAAUCUCAAGGCAGUGUAACAAUACCAGCGAAGCAGCUAAAAGAAAAAGGGAUUGUUGUCUUUGCAGUGGGAAUCAACUUCCCAAGAUGGGAAGAACUGCAUACACUAGCCAGCGAGCCAACAGACUGGCACGUACUCUUUGCUGAAGACACUGAAGAUGCUGCCAAUGGCUUCUAUACCACUCUUACUGGUUCCACAAUUUGCAGUGCGGCAUUUCCAGGUUGCAGGGUUGAAUCUCAUUCUUGCGAACGCAAAACACUUGAAAGAGAAAAGGUGCUGAUUGGAAACUAUUUCUGUUGGAAGGGAUCAAAGAACGGUAAUACUGUGCAUGCAUCAUUCUGCCCUUUUUACAAGUGGAGGGACAUUUUCAUUAAGCAUCCAUCUAGAUGUUAUCGUACCGUGUGCCCAGAUCCUUGUGGUUCCCAUCCUUGCCAGAAUGGAGGUACAUGCAUUCAACAGGGGUUAGAAGGCUACCAGUGUGUUUGCCCAAUAGGAUUUGGAGGAGAUGCCAAUUGUGCACCUAAGCUGAGUCUAGAAUGCAGCGUGGAUCUUCUUUUUCUGGUGGACAGUUCAUCCAGCACCACCCUUGAAGGAUUCUUGCGUUAUAAAGCUUUCCUGAAAAGAUUUCUCCAAGCUGUGUGGCGUAAAGAGAUUUCAGGAAAUGUGAGUGUGGCCCAAUAUGGCAAUGAUGUCAUGGUGGCUGUCAGAACUGGAGACCAUGCAGAUGUACUCGGUCUGGUGAAGGGCAUUGAUUCCAUGCAAUUCAGUGGAGGAAGCACCUUGACAGGCAAAGCUCUGCAGUAUAUUACACAGAAUGGAUUUAGGAGUGCAGCAGUCUUUGCUGAUGUUCCCGAUGACCUCCCACGUGUGGUUGUCUUGCUCACAGAUGCAAAUGCUCAGGAUUCAGUGGUGGAGGCAGCUGAGGACGCCAGAGGGCUAGUGACUUCUCUCAUUGCAAUUGGCAGUGAAUUUUUGAGGGCAGAGCUAGAUGAAGUUACAGGGAAUCCAAAACAGACAAUUAUCUAUUCAACUCCACAAGAUCUACUCAACAAGAUUCCUGAACUCCAGAAAAAAAUCUGCAGCAUAGAUAGCCAAGGUUGCUCAUCUCAGUCCCUGGAUUUGGUGUUUACUUUAGAUUCCUCAGCAUCAGUUGGAAGAGAGAACUUUGCACAGCUAAAAAACUUUGUGAGUAGCCUCUCGCUCCAGUUUGAUAUCAAUCGGGAUCUGACACAGGUAGGCCUUGUUGUUUAUGGGAAAAGGCCCCACACCACAUUUGGUUUGGACACACACAUAACGAAUUCAGCUGUCUUUGAAGCCAUCAACCAAGCUCCCUUUGUGGGUGGCUCUUCCUCUGUUGGCAGCUCUUUGCUGCAUAUUUUUGAAGAUGUCAUGACCAUCCAAAAAGGAGCAAGGCCUGGCGUGAAGAAGAUCGUGGCAUUGAUCUCAAGUGGGGCUGGAGUCGAGGAUGCCAUAGUUCCAGCCCAGCAGCUACGUAACAACGAUAUAUCACUGCUUGUCAUUGGGAUAGGACAUGUCCGAACAAGCUCACUGCUGAGGAUUGCAGGUUCUCACAAUAAUCUGCUACAGAUUCCCUCUUACAAUGAUCUCAUAAAGAAUGAAGACCUUAUCAUUGCAAGACUAUGUAAUGAGGCUAAGAGGCCAGCGAGCCUCUGCAAACCCAAUCCCUGCAUGAACAAUGGCGUAUGCAUUCCUGAAAAUGGCAGCUACCAGUGUCAAUGCCAAGGCUGGGAAGGACCUCACUGUGAAAAGAGAAUUCAGAGGGGUGACGCUUCUAGAAAACGGAUGCAUUCAGGAAGACUCCAUGUUCAGCAAAACUAUCAUGGUGGGCAGCAGUUAUACAGAACUCCCCAACGUUCAAAAAGGCACAUACAACAGACUCACUGCGGAGGUCAGAGAAUGACUCCUACCUUGAGCUACUGAAAACAUUUGUACGAGGACACUAAGAUCUAGGCAGUCCUUGCAAGCAAUAAUGCUGAUUCAAAGCACAAGAAGUUUGCACAAAAUCACUUCUGGUACACCGGACGAGAUUUGCAAAAGUUAGCAUUUUUACGUUAAAUAUUUAUUAUUGAUAUACAGACACUUUCAGAAUAAGAUCAGCAUCUCUUCUGCACAUUGAGCUUUAUACCUCUGAAUAUUUUGUUUUUCAUAUUGGACUGCAAAUGUUAAAGGACUUUAAGUUGGAUCAGGACUUUUAAGUGAUCUCCAGCCAUACUGGUCACUGGAUGGCCUGGGGCCUUUGCCACAUGUGCAGCCUUGUGCAUGCAGUGCCCAC